ACAACGUACAUAGUACAACGGUACCAGGUAGACGCGGACGCGGAGUCCCUCAUGCGCGGCCCGACUUGUAUCUCUGCGGAAUAUAUGACCGUAUACACCGGCGCCGUCAACAGACGGACUGCACACUCCUGACUUUGCUGCUGCCUGGUGUCUGGCUUUUGUCUUUGGGAUGAUACACACUGAAGUCUAAAAAUGGUCCCUCGUGACUGAGAUGAUGCUACAAUGGACUCUCAGCAAUACCAUGGUCCUCCCCAACCGACAGACCAAGCCGGGCGCUCCAUAUUCCCUAGGGGCCCAGCUUUCAACCUUGACGACUUCUCAAGCCGCGAAUUCAUAGCCAAAGACUUUAUUGAAUCCCUUACCGAAAGCGCCCAAUCGUCGAACCGCCGGUCGCAGGGGCCUAAUACACCCUUUGACCCCAAACCUCUAAUCCGGACCUUCGAGCAAGCGUCGCGACGACUGGAUGAACUUUCGGGCGAGCUCGAGCAAAGAGAGAAUGAACUUUCUGCCGCAGUAAGGAAAGCUGAAGCACAACAUGCCAGCAACACGGAAACACUGGGCCGGAAGCUCAACCAGACUAUUGAAAGUUUCCGAAAGCUAGACACGUCGUUAAAAUCGGAUCGCGGUGAGAAAUGGGGUGGAAAUGUCGCCGUUGAGACUGGGCGACGAAUAGAGGAGCUCGACCGGCAACGAAGAAAAGCCUUGGACGCGCACUUUCUGAUUGAGUGUUGGGACGAAGUCAGCAACCGAGGCGAGCUUACAUUACUUGAAAACCUGAGGCGGUCUGGUACCGGCGAAGGGAAAAUAAGAUCUGCCCAUAUUGCACGUCAGUUGCUCCGGAUCAGUCAGAGACUGGAUCCGAAAAGUCAUGGACAGACGAACGGAGUGUCGAGCCAGUCCGGCGGAAUCACGAACGGUGUGACGGGCAGUGGCAGCAGGAACUUUAACACACGGGAAAUCAUUGAAAAGUUCAUCGAAACUUUGGAGAAUGACAUGCUCAAACUAUUUGACGAUUUCUACCGACGACAGAACUUCGAGGAGAUGAAGAAUUGCGCCACUGUGUUGCAAGACUUCAAUGGAGGCGCGUCUGUGCAAGCAGCAUUUGUGAACCAGCACCAGUUCUUCAUUGAUCGAAGCAACUUGGUGACUGACGAAAUUGGCGGCGACCAAGAGACAUGGAUGCGACUGUCGGAUCCAGACGCAGACCUUCCUGGCGUUGAGCCGGGGCUGCAGUCACUGAUCGAUGAAGUUAGGGUUGUGGUGCAAGAAGAAUCGGCCAUCAUCAAAAGAGCCUUCCCCUAUCCGGAACAAGUGCUAGGCAAAUUUGUCCAGCGUGUCUUUCAACAGUCGAUCCAGCAGAGACUCGAGCUUGUCCUGGAAAAGGCCGAAUCAGAGUCAACCCUUGCAUAUCUGAGAUCACUCCAGGCCGCCAGAAGCUACAUUAGUGUCCUCGUCGAGGAUCUCAAAGCACACGGCUUAACUGAACACCCUGACUCGGUAACAUCUCAAACGAGUCAACUGUUGGAUCAACAGCUUGACGAGCUCUUCACUCCAUACUUCGGCGGCUCGGCCUACAUCGACAAGGAAAAGCACAACCUACAAGAACUCUACAAAUCGCUCUUGUUCAAAUUCGAGCUAUUCCACUCUCGACGGCAGAAAGAACCAAAAACAUACCUGGCAUCGCUGCGAAACCGCGGCCAGGAACUCCUCGCAUCAGCCAGAGAAGCCACAGAUGCCUACGUCAAGAGCUUAGAUUUGGAGAAGAUGUCACCUACUCAAAAGCGAAUACUCCUCUCCGUUGCAGGUCUCAAAAACACGGACAAAGCCCAGCCAGACGUUGAACUCUCAGAAGAAGAUGGCCGACUGCACGUGGCCUUCGCCAAAAGGAUGCUGAAAUGGCUUGCGGAGGGAGUGCGUCGUGGUCUCGAGUUGGGUGGAGGGUCGGAAACGCCCAAGGACGUGGCUGCACUGCUCAACCUGAUCCUACAGAACGUAUUGGAACACUACGUCGAAGUCGCACUCGAAGCAGCGGCCGAGAGCGCGUCGACGGCCGAAACCACGAAACGCGACCAACCGGACCUCUCAUACCUGUCGAUCCUACGGACAGCAGUACACAUCACCCACCUGGUGCAAAGCUGCGUCAACACACUUCUGAUCCCUCUUGCCAGCACGAGCCUUACGACGCGGCGGGAAAUGGAAAAGAGCACGCGCACAGCGGUCGCUCGGAUCGAAGACCAAAUCAACACCAUCGAGCAGCAGACCAUCGACGCCGUGCUGAACUGGACGGCACGGCUCUUGUCGACGCAGAACCGCACGGAUUUCCGCCCUCGCGCCGAGACCGAGGCCGAAGCCGCCGCCCUCGAACAGGCGCAGACCCCGACCUGUGAUAGUGUGUGUAGAUUCCUCGCCGUGUUCCACGACACCGCCGCCGAAUGUCUGGACGGCGCCAACCUGCACGCCCUGCUGACCGAGGUCGCCGUCGGGUUCCGGGCCCAGCUCCUCCAGCACUUCACAAAGUAUCAGGUCAACCGGAUCGGUGGUGUCAUGCUGGCCCGCGACAUGAGCCGUUACGUCCAGCUCUUGCGCUCCUGGAACCUCGACGACCCUUUCAAGGCCAGUCUCGAGGUCUUGACUGAGCUCGCUAGCGUCUUUGUCCUCUUGCCCGACGCGCUUAAGGAGCGCUUGCGGGGCCAGGCACUCGGCAAUCUGGGCAAGGAGAAUCUGCGUCCGUAUCUGCUCAAACGAGAUGAUUAUAUGGAGGUCGGCAUGCAAAGCCUGCUUCAUUCGCUAUGAAUGGGACGGACAAGGCCUAUGGUUUGGUCAGAAUUGGACACGAACAUGAAAACCGGGUCCACCGAAUGGCACACCGCCAAAACUACGAUGGCAUAAGUUAAGCCCUGCUGUGGGAUUUAGGUCGCGUACACAUAUGGCUUUCGACCUGAAUGGGCUCUGCAAACACUAGGAAUUCAGUCCUGUUUCUUGCUUGCAUGUGCUUGCUCCGAGCGUGGGUGUGAAAAGGAAAAACUGAUGUAGACCUUGGACUGGAAAUUGACUUCUUUGAGUGGCGAAUAUAUACAUUUUGCUGCAUACUUGAUCGUAUCUCGCUCCCAUGUCAUCCUCUUUGGAGGCGACCGCCGAGAUCUAGAUUGCUGUUUUUUGUACUGUACAGGGCCAUUUGAGGCCAGAUUCAUUGAUUAAUCUCUUCACCCAUGCAUGACCUCUAAUCUUGCCCAUUUCUUCAACGCCAUCGAA